CAUCAAACAAGCCGCAAAUAAAGUAUAGCUCAGCAGAAGAAGACUAAGCGUUGUGGUUUGUACUUGUUAGCAGGUUCUUACCAGGCAGAGUCGAGCCAAUUUAGAGAAUGGACAAACCGGUGCCUGUGCUUCGCCUGCCGAGAGGACCCGACCCUCAUAGCCGUGGCUUCGACCCCAAUUCCCCUCGUUAUAUUGAUCUGUGUAGCACAUCCAUCACUUCUUCCUCAGCGUCGUCGGGCGCAUGCGCGAACCCCGAGGAGCUCAAACGGGAGCAGCAAGUGCGCGCGGAAUUGCGAGAACGUUUCCUCAGGUGUGUUCUGGCCACGCGCGACAAGAAAGUGAGCAUCUGCAUGCACGGCGACGUGACCGUGGACGCCACGUUCGGCGGCUGCGACAUUGACGUGCUCAACCUGCAGGUGUCUGAUCUGCACACUCCCAUCGGGGUGCAGAAAGAGGCGCUCAUCAGAUGCCAGGACAUCAUUUCAUACUCGUUUGAUUUAUGAACGUUUUUGAAUUGGAGUCGUUUACAUUCAGAUGUGAGACGUUUGAGCCAACAAGAUGCACGACCUGGUGUCUGUCACAAGAUGGUAGUAUAAUCUCGGGUUUUAUGUUGCUCAUCUUGGUUAGUGACUGUCGAAUAAGGAUGCUCCAUAAGAUUAAUACAAUCGAAUGUGGUGUCUACACAGGUAAUAAUAGAUUGUUACCUUUUGUAACAGAUGAAUUUUGGAUACGCCUCUCUGUCUUGCAUUACAGACUUGCAAAAAAGGCACAAACGUUUGUUCUUCCUGUUACUACACACAGCUGUGUUUUAGAUGAGCAAGUAAAAAUAGUAUAUUUAUACAUAAAUAAAACAAUUUCU